AUUCUUUUCCCAUACCACAGAAUUUAGUAGGAUUAAAUGAAGCAAUUUCUCCUUUCUUGAAUGGACAAAAUAUGAAACUACUUAAGAGUACUGUAUUAGAGGCUAUACAGAGAAAAACUACUUCAGUAAAUUUUUGUGGAAUUAGAGAAUUAAACUGCUAAGGUCAACAAUUUAGGAUGUGUGCUUAAGGUGUUUUCCUUUAUUAAAUAGCAAUGUGUAGUUUGACAUCAUUAUUAGCCUCCAGUCUAUUUAAUGAAAAAGAGCUGAUUGGCAGUUCUAGAAAUUAAGUUACAGAAUCACAAUACCUUUUUUCUUCAGUUGUUAAGAACAGCAGUAUGGCACAUUUACUGACAUUUAGUAAUGAAUAAGAAAUUCCAGGUGAGCAUUAGUGAGGGCAUAAUUCAUGCCAAGGAGAACAUUUUUAAUAUUGAAAGUUCUUAUUGUUUAUGAAGGUAUGGUUUUUUUCUUUACAAAAUAAUUAUCCAAGAUCUUAAAAUAAUUUUUUAAAGAAGGGAGAUAUUUUUACCUAUUUACACUUUAAAACUGUGGAGGCUCCAAAGUUACUAUUUUAUUAAGUAAUGACUAUCAUGUUCUGUUGUUUACAGAUUGGUGUGAUUACAUUAAUGCUAGGAAGAAAUACCAGAUUAACUUUCUAAGUGUGGAAUCAUAAUAAAUAUUUGAAAAAAUGUGUGUCCUGUGCUUGGGGAUCCCAUAAAGAGAAUUGCAGAUACCAAGUUGUGCUAGUACAUCCAUAUAAAUAAUUAAUACCUGAAGUCUCAAUGUAACAUGGACAUUAACAGUGAUGACAAAUAAAUACAGACGCUUGGGAAUCAAAUACUAGGCGAAAAACACUUUUAAAAAGGAAUUUAGGAGGUUCUAGUAUUCUCCAUGGCUGAAGCUGAGAGUCUGAAACCCUGAUGCUUAAGCUCUAUUCUAGAUCAUAGCUCCAACUCCUUCAGGAUAUAAGGAAAAGAUAAUAUUUCCACAAUGAUAGAUCUUUGGUUGUUCAGUUCAUAUUGAUGCAGUUUGCAGAUGUGAUCACAGGGGCUGGACAUUUAUGAUGUGAAACACUGCUGAUACUGUUUCAGGAUCCUACAGUUAGAUUUGAGGUUUCCCAAUGAGUGGAUCAUGAUGACCGUAUUGUAGGGACUUGCCAUAGUAUGGCUGCUUCCCGAUCUACUCGUGUUACAAGAUCAACAGUGGGGUUAAACGGCUUGGAUGAAUCUUUUUGUGGUAGAACUUUAAGGAAUCGUAGCAUUGCUCACCCUGAAGAAAUCUCUUCUCAUUCUCAAGUACGAUCAAGAUCACCAAAGAAGAGACCAGAGCCUGUGCAAAUUCAGAAAGGAAAUAAUAAUGGAAGAACUACUGAUUUAAAACAGCAAAGUACUCGAGAAUCAUGGGUAAGCCCUAGGAAAAGAGGACUUUCUUCUUCAGAAAAAGAUAACAUAGAAAGGCAGGCUAUAGAAAAUUGUGAGAGAAGGCAAACAGAACCUGUUUCACCAGUUUUAAAAAGAAUUAAGCGUUGUCUUAGAUCUGAAGCACCAAACAGUUCAGAAGAAGAUUCACCUAUAAAAUCAGACAAGGAGUCGGUAGAAGAGAGGAAUACAGUAGUGGACAAUGAUGCAGAUUUUCAAGGGACUAAACGAGCUUGUCGAUGUCUUAUACUGGAUGAUUGUGAGAAAAGGGAAAUUAAAAAGGUGAAUGUCAGUGAGGAAGGGCCACUUAAUUCUACAGUAGUUGAAGAAAUCGCAGGCUAUUUGGCUGUCAAUGGUGUUGAUGACAGCGAUUCAGCUGUUAUAAACUAUGACGACUGUCAGCCUGAUGGGAACACUAAACAAAAUAGCACUGGUUCGUAUGUGUUGCAGGAAAAGUCAGUAGCUGAAAAUGGGGAUUCGGAUACCCACACUUCAAUGUUCCUUGAUAGUAGGAAGGACGACAGUUAUAUAGAGCAUAACGUGCCUUGCACAAAAGAAGUGCAGGUCAAGUUGGAGGACCACAAAAUAGUAACUGCCUGCCUGCCUGUGGAACAUGUUAAUCAGCUGACUACUGAGCCAGCUACAGGUCCCUUUUCUGAAAUUCAGUCAUCCUUAAGGGAUUCUGAGGAGGAAGUAGAUGUGGUGGGAGAUAGCAGUGCCUCAAAAGAGCAGUGUAAUGAAAACACCAAUAACGCCCUGGACACAAGUCUUGAGAGUAUGCCAGUCUCUGGAGAACCAGAAUCAUCUUCUGUUCUAGACUGUGUUUCAGCUCAAAUGAUGUCUUUAUCAGAACCUCAAGAACAUCGAUAUACUCUGAGAACUUCACCACGAAGGGCAGCCCCUACCAGAGGUAGUCCCACUAAAAACAAUUCUCCUUGCAGAGAAAAUGGACAAUUUGAGGAGAAUAAUCUUAGUCCCAAUGAAACAAAUGCAACUGUUAGUGAUAAUAGAAGUGAAUCUCCCACAAAUCCUGAUGAAAUUUCUCAGAAUGAAAAAGGAAUAUUUUGUGACUCUGGAAAUUAUGGGAGUGAAGGACUAAGUAAGCCACCCUCAGAGGCAAGACUUAAUAUUGGACAUUUGCCAUCUGCCAAAGAGAGUGCCAAUCCACACAAUACAGAAGAAGAAGAUGAUGAUCCUGAUGUUUAUUACUUUGAAUCAGAUCAUGUGGCACUGAAACACAACAAAGAUUAUCAGAGACUGUUACAGACGAUUGCUGUACUCGAGGCUCAGCGUUCUCAAGCAGUCCAGGACCUUGAAAGUUUAGGCAAACACCAGAAAGAAGCACUAAAAAAUCCCAUUGGAUUUGUGGAGAAACUCCAGAAGAAGGCUGAUAUAGGGCUUCCAUAUCCACAGAGAGUUGUUCAAUUGCCUGAGAUUGUAUGGGACCAAUAUACCAAUAGCCUUGGGAACUUUGAAAGAGAAUUUAAAAAUCGUAAAAGACAUACUAGGAGAGUAAAGCUAGUUUUUGAUAAAGGUAAGAAAUUACAUGUUAAGAAUUUACAUAAAGAACUAUCUGGCAGUCUUGCUUUAAUAAUCCUAUACAUGGUCUUCUUUUUAGUAGGUUUACCUGCUAGACCAAAAAGUCCUUUAGAUCCUAAGAAGGAUGGAGAGUCCCUUUCAUAUUCUAUGUUGCCUUUGAGUGAUGGUCCAGAAGGCUCAAACAGUCGUCCUCAGAUGAUAAGAGGACGCCUUUGUGAUGAUACCAAACCUGAAACAUUUAACCAACUGUGGACUGUUGAGGAACAGAAAAAGCUUGAACAGCUACUCCUGAAAUACCCUCCUGAAGAAGUAGAAUCUCGACGCUGGCAGAAGAUUGCAGAUGAACUGGGCAAUAGGACAGCAAAGCAGGUUGCCAGCCGAGUGCAGAAGUAUUUCAUAAAACUAACUAAAGCUGGCAUUCCAGUCCCAGGCAGAACACCAAACUUAUAUAUGUACUCCAAAAAGUCUUCCACAAGCAGACGACAGCACCCCCUUAAUAAGCAUCUCUUUAAACCUUCCACUUUCAUGACUUCCCAUGAACCACCAGUGUAUAUGGAUGAAGAUGAUGACCGAUCCUGUUUUCAUAGCCACAUGAACACUGCUAUUGAAGAGGCAUCAGAUGAAGAAAGUAUUCCUAUUAUGUAUAGGAAUUUACCUGAAUAUAAGGAACUAUUACAGUUUAAAAAGUUAAAGAAGCAGAAACUCCAGCAGAUGCAAGCUGAAAGUGGAUUUGUACAACAUGUGGGCUUCAAGUGCGAUAACUGUGGCAUAGAACCUAUCCAGGGUGUUCGGUGGCACUGCCAGGAUUGUCCUCCAGAAAUGUCUUUGGAUUUCUGUGAUUCUUGUUCAGACUGCCUACAUGAAACAGAUAUUCACAAGGAAGAUCACCAAUUAGAACCUGUUUAUAGGUCAGAGACAUUCUUAGACAGAGACUACUGUGUGUCCCAGGGCACCAGUUAUAAUUACCUUGACCCAAACUACUUUCCAGCAAACAGAUGACAUGGAAGAGAACAUCGUAUACUAGUCCUCUUCAACACAUAGCAAUGGUAUCAUUGUGAAUUAUGUGCACAGUUUGGAAAGAUUCUCUGCUUUCCCUGAAAUGACACUCACAGCAUGACAGCUUCCUGAGUGUUCUUGUCAAGUCCAGCUCUGCACCGUUGUGGCUCUAGAUCACUGUUCAGCAGCCGAGCAUUCCUGGUGAGCAAAGGGUUUCCCUGGUGAAUUUCUCACCACCACCUUAAAGCCUUUUAGGUGGUGAUAUUAAAUGGGUGAGAUGGAAACGAGAGCACACAUUAAAGAGAGUAAAUUCCAAAGGUUUCAAAGAACUCGGUCAUAAAUAGGAUAAUGAGAAGACAAAGUAUUUAUAUUAAAACAGUUUAGUAGCUUUCAGUUUUGUGAAAAUAGUUUUCGGCACAGAAGCUGACUUCUUAGACAAAGUUUUAACCAAUGAUGGUGUUUGCUUCUAGGAUAAACACUUUAAAAGAACUCACUGUCCCAGUGGUGGCCACUGAUGGCCUUUAGUAAAUCGGAGCUGCUUAACCAUAUUGAUGUCUAAUUUCUUUUAACCACAAUGAACUGUCCUUAUUACCAACAGCGAAGCACUACAGGAGGCACUGUGGCAUUGCUUCCUUGACCAGCUCAUGGUGUGUGAAUGUUAUAAAAUUGUCGCUCAGAUAUAUUUUUUAAAUGUAAUGUUAUAUAAGAUGAUCAUGUGAUGUGUACAAACUAUGGUGAAAAGUGCCAGUGGUAGUAACUGUGUAAAGUCUCUAAUUCACAACAUUAAUUCCUUUAAAAUACACAGCCUUCUGCCUCUGUAUUUGGAGUUGUCAGUGCAACUCGUCAAAGAAAACUGCCUAAUAUAAAAAUCAUAUAUAUGGUAAUAAUUUCCCUCUUUUGUAGUCUGCACAAGAUCCAUAAAAGAUUGUAUUUUUAUUACUAUUUAAACAAGUGAUUAAAUUUAGUCUGCGCAGUGAGCAAGAGUUCACAUGCAUUCUUUUAUACUGCUGGAUUUUGUUGUGCAUCAUUUAAAACAUUUUGUAUGUUUCUUCUUAUCUGUGUAUACAGUAUGUUCUUGAAUAAUGUUCAUUUGUCAGGAGAACUGUGAGAAAUAAACUAUGUGGAUACUGUCUGUUUAUAUUAUAGAAUGCUUGUUGUGACUUCCUUUUUGGUUAGAUUUUGGAUUUGUUUUACUAGUGUUAAAACCAAAAAAAAAAUUUUUUUUUAGGGGGUUGCUUUACCUUUCUGUCCUUGAAAAAGAGUAAGGACUAUAUAGUAUUAUGGAAAUGAACUUGAGAAGCUCUGAGAGAAGAUGGUAAUCUUUUCACUCAGUGUGUGCUGAGACACUAAUUAAACUAGGUUACAAAAAGAACACACACCAUGGUUAAAAAGGCUAUUAUUAAUGUCCAGAUGUGAAAACUAUACUCGGGCUGAAAAAUUUUACUCUUAAUUCUUUUAGAUGAAAGUAAGCCUCUUCACGUGUUUAAUUUAAACAGAUGGUUUUUGAAAAUCACUCUAUUCACUGGCAAUUAUUAUUGACUAUUGGAAGAGAUCACAUAAGUAUUCUAAGAUUAAGUAUUAUACUCACCUAAUUUUUGGACUAAGUCCCCUGUUUUUUCCGAUUUUAAGUCAAGGGAACGUUAUUUAAUACUCCUUCAAUACGUUGUAGGGUACUAAAAUCAUACCUUGAAUUUUUUUAACUGAGAGAAGUAAUGUUAUUUUAAGUAUAGAAAUAUGAGAAUUUUAAAGUAAUAUAUUGACUAAAGAAUACUGAUGUUGAUAAAAUAUAUUGCAUCAGGAAGAACAGGAAAUGGACUUGAGCUUUACUUCUUACCCUGGAAUCAGUAGUUGGGGGGAAGAAGAAGGAGUUGUUAACGUUUGGGCAUUUUGAUAUUAAAUGUUAACUGAUAUAUGCUAGGAAAUCUGCCUUCUUGCAGCAAGACAGCAGCACUUGGUAGUAACUUCUGUGUUUGUAUAGAAAUAAUACUGAUUAUUGGGGGGAGACCAUUCAGGUUUAUUCAAAAAUCCCAUAAAGUGUGCUUUGGAAGAGGGCUGUGUGUGAUACAAUUCUGAUGUAAACAAUACACAAAAUAAAUCCACUUAACUGUAUUUUUCAAGAGCAAAGAUUUUGAGAACUUUGAGUGGCAAAGAGGAUUAUUUUCUGCUUGAGUGAAGAUGUGUUAAUUUUGCAUUUUUCACCUCCAGGCAAGUAGUCCUCCUGGCUUAAAAAGGCCCUAUAUGGUAAUAGUAGCAGUGAUAGUAGUAGCAUGAGUAGUAAUAUGGUGGUGGUGUUUUAAUUGGCGGACUGCAGGAAUAGGCAGGGCUGUCUUUUACAAGUAGUCCUUGGAUCUCCUACAGAGAAGUAUUGGCCUUAAGAGACAACAUAGACCUACUUGUGAAAGCCUUGCAUAUUAAGUGGUAGGUCAGAUGUAGGUCAGAUGUAUUUCCUGAAAUAUUAUGUUCAAGUUGUUUGAUAAGAACUGAAGGAACUUUUAGUGACACCUAAAACCACUGCUUUAAGGUUUAGGCAGAGGCGGCUUUGAUUGGUGUGGUGUGCACUAAUAAGCGCAAAACUGAGUAAGUGCUUACUAUGAGCCAAGCCAGCAUAUAGUAGCAGAUUUAAUUCUCGCAACCUUAGGAGAAAGGUGCAUUUGUUAACCUGUUUUCAUAUGAGGAGAUCUAGCCAGAGAGGUUAAAUAACUUGCCCAAGGUCAUAUGGUUAGCAAAGUGGUCCUGCUUAGAUUUUAACCUAGACAGAUUGCUGCAGAGUCACUACCCAAUUUAUGGAGCAAGAACAUUCCCUUUGUGUCAGGCAUCACUAAGGUUUGGAGAUGGAAGUGUGUGGGGGUUGUUUUUCACUCUUUUUCCCUGGUGUGGCAUGGUUCCUAGAGCCACAGACCUGAGGACAGGUCCAGGUUCAUGGUACAGAAUAGGAAGCAGAUCCUUGGAUGGGAAGACAGCACUGAGUUCUAGAAAACCACCCAGACGUAUAACUUACCUAUUCUAAUUUGACAGCAAACAUGUGAUCUUGAGGCUUUAGGCAAAGUCUCCUGCCUGAGACAGAAUUUGUUUCCAUGCAUGUUUGGUGCCUCUCACUUAACCUAAUAGUAUGCCUUACCCAGUUUCCUUCCCUUUCCCCUUGUGUUUAAAUUACAGUACAGAAGACAACAGUGUACUGAGAUAUGAAGAACAUUUUUUUUUCAAGAAAAUAGCAUAUCACAGGUAGUAAGGAUAAAUACUGUUUUGUGAAAGUCUUCUUUUAGUUAUUACUAUGGCAUGCUAUAUAAACUGUAUUUCUUAAUGUAGGUAACAGAUUUUGAAAGCCAUUGUUCUAGUUGCACUGGAUGGAAUUGGAAGUACUUGUUUUUUUUGUUUUUUUCCAGAUAACAAGUAGUUUUUUCCUCCAGAGAUUAUAGAGGCAUUGACCUUUUAGGUUGUAAAGUAUUUUUAUUUUUUAACCUUAUGAAAAUAACCUCCUGUUGAUAGAAUCCCAGAAAAAAAAUA